AAGCUCUACAAAAACGAGUGGAUCGAGUGACAAGGUUAUAAAACAGUUAGGGAUUUUAUUUUUACAGAAGUUUCAUCGAGAGAAGAACGAAGAUGCCUUGCUUGAAUCUUUCAACUAACGUUAGCCUUGACGGCGUCGACACGUCAUCCAUCCUCUCCGAGGCCACCUCCACUGUAGCCAGCAUUAUCGGAAAACCUGAGGCCUAUGUGAUGGUUGUGUUGAAGGGAUCUGUACCUAUAGCAUUUGGAGGAACUGAGCAGCCAGCUGCCUAUGGUGAGUUGGUGUCCAUUGGCGGUCUAUCCCCUGAUGUGAACAAGAAACUGAGUGCUGCAAUUGCUACAAUUCUUGAGAAGAAGUUGUCAGUGCCCAAGAAUCGAUAUUUCCUCAAAUUUUACGAUACGAAGGCCCAUCAAAGCCAAGAAUAUGCACAAUGCUUGCAUGCUUCACACCAGCACUAGAUCAUGGCUCAUACUUUGGAUGGAAUGGGGCAACCUUCUAAAUUUAGCUCUCAAAAGAUUGGAGCUGUGUAUUCAUACAGUUGUCUAACUCUAUGGUGAAUCGCUAUCUUUAGAACCAUGUUAAUAUUUUGCUGACCACUGCUAUUCUCCCUAUGAUGUGCUUACUUAUGGACACUUUUUCCUUGGUGCUAAUGGAUGAGACUAUGUUGUAAUA